UUUUUUCAAAACGUUGUCAAAAACCGUUGCAAACGAGUAACGAUUGUUGUGUCUCUGUUUGUUGCAGUUAAUGUGCAUUUUUGUCGCGAAGAAGAUACUGAGUUUAACAUUUUAUUACAGUUUAUUCGAGUAAUAUCGGCAGAAAUGGCUGAAUCGCUGUUUGAUAUCUUUGGAGACCAUAUAACAAGACAAGCGAUCAAAAAUGUUUCGCGCCAACCGCUGUCGAACAUUGAAAAUAUGGGUAAAACGGUGUCUUCGGGCCCUGUUAAGCCCAACGAACCAGUCAAAAAGUCCGAUGGUCCAAAGAAAUCAUUUUUAUCGAACACUGGAAAGGCCUUGAAAAAUACCCCAGUCAGAAAUGUGUUCACUCCAAGAGCAGCUAAUGUUGUUUCCAUGAUCUAUAACGACGAGAAAAAUGAUACCGACUUAUGUGGAGAGGAUAUUGAGUUUCACAGGCCUUCUUAUAAGUAUGACAAUCACCACCGUGACCUAUUUGACUACCUGUCAGUGCCGGAGCCCGAGAUGCUGAAGCAGUUCUCUCCACCAAACACUCCGCCACCCACCACCAAAAGACACAGCAUGGACUUCAACUGCUCUUACCAAGAUGAGUUCUUUAAAGAUGAUUUUUCAAUUGACAGUGUUCCAGAUGAUGAUCUUGGCCUGCCAGACUUGUAUUGAACAAUUAAAUAGAUUAGAUUAGAAUUAAGGCUAUAGAUUAUGACCCUGUGGUUUAAUAACAACCAAGCAAUUUGCAAUUUGGUACAAUAUAUUUGGUCCUGUCCUACUUAUUUCUUUACUUGUAAAUGACAAAAUAAAUGCAGUUUAUUGUAAACACUGACAAUGCAGAGUGAUGAGAUUGUAACUCUGAUCCAUUUGACUGAUUGCUUGUGCUUUGAUUUAAAAAAAAAAACAUUAUCAACAUAAUUAUAUAAAAAGUUUACAAUAAAUUUGUAUCUCUUUUGUCAGGUUCUUCAUGAUUUUCGAUAAUAAUGAUUUAAAUAGGGAGCUUGGUAAAAAUAUCUUAUAACUA